UCUGGUAAGGAAAUGCGUUUCCCAGGAAAUUCCUGACAUUUUUAGCUUGUGAAUUUCCUAAAGUCUGCUGGGUCUUCUCCUCCAUUCUGGAUCCUUUCCGAGAGGAAGAGUGGACUAGGGGCUGAAGCUCAUCAGGGCCUGGUUCAUCCGCAGAGCUGGCUGGCAACCCAGACUGGCUCAACCCUGAGCAGGGUGCCCCCCUUCCCCAAAUCUGGGAAGGAGGGGGAGGCAGGCUGGCAGUCGUGGGCCCAAAGGGGCCUGCUUGAAGGUUUUUGGGGAGGAAUGUGAGGUUUCUUUUCGGUUGUUGCUUGGGGGGGAAGAGCGGAGUUCACGGGAUCAGGCACUGCAGGCACCCGGGCCCUAGUGCGGCGGCCGUGCUCAGCCCGGCUCCCCCCGCCGAUCUCGCGAGAGUGGCUGACUGGCUGUGGGGGUUGCGGCGGCAGCAGGCGGAGCCGGGGAGGGAAAGCAGCGGCGGCUGAGGCGACUGAGGCGGCGGCGGGCGGAGCGGCAGGCGGCGGCGCGGCGGCGGAGCGCAGCAUCAUGGCGGACCGAGACAGCGGCAGCGAGCAGGGUGGUGCGGCGCUGGGCUCGGGCGGCUCCCUGGGGCACCCGGGCUCGGGCUCGGGCUCCGGCGGGGGCGGUGGUGGCGGCGGGGGCGGCGGCGGCAGUGGCGGCGGCGGCGGGGCCCCGGGGGGGCUGCAGCAUGAGACGCAGGAGCUGGCCUCCAAGCGGGUGGACAUCCAGAACAAGCGCUUCUACCUGGACGUGAAGCAGAACGCCAAGGGCCGCUUCCUGAAGAUCGCAGAAGUGGGCGCGGGUGGCAACAAGAGCCGCCUCACUCUCUCCAUGUCAGUGGCUGUGGAGUUCCGCGACUACCUGGGCGACUUCAUCGAGCACUACGCGCAGCUGGGCCCCAGCCAGCCGCCCGACCUGGCCCAGGCACAGGACGAGCCGCGCCGGGCGCUCAAGAGUGAGUUCCUGGUGCGCGAGAACCGCAAGUACUACAUGGAUCUCAAGGAGAACCAGCGCGGCCGCUUCCUGCGCAUCCGCCAGACGGUCAACCGGGGGCCUGGCCUGGGCUCCACGCAGGGCCAGACCAUUGCGCUGCCCGCACAGGGGCUCAUCGAGUUCCGCGACGCUCUGGCCAAGCUCAUCGACGACUAUGGAGUGGAGGAGGAGCCGGCCGAGCUGCCCGAGGGCACCUCCUUGACUGUGGACAACAAGCGCUUCUUCUUCGAUGUGGGCUCCAACAAGUACGGAGUGUUUAUGCGCGUGAGCGAGGUGAAGCCCACCUACCGCAACUCCAUCACCGUGCCCUACAAGGUGUGGGCCAAGUUCGGACACACCUUCUGCAAGUACUCGGAAGAGAUGAAGAAGAUUCAAGAGAAGCAGAGGGAGAAGCGAGCUGCCUGUGAGCAACUCCAUCAGCAGCAGCAGCAGCAGCAGGAGGAGACCGCUGCAGCCACCCUGCUCCUGCAGGGUGAGGAAGAAGGGGAAGAAGAUUGAUCAAACUGAAUGAAAAAAAAAAAACCACACACAUGCAUACACACACACACCAACCACACACAGAAAAUAUACUGUAAAGAGAGAGAGAGAAAAUAAAAAGUUAAAAAAAAAAAAAUAAAAAAACUCAACUCCAAGGGAGCACCACCCACAGAACCUCCACCAACUGACAGUUUCUCUUCUUGACUUGCCACCCAUCGCUGGAUGUUGUCCACUUUAUCCACCAUAUAAAACAGUAAGCAGCUGCUAAAAACAAAAAAAAUACAAAAAAAUACAAAAAGUAAUAACAUUAUAUGAACUGUGUUUCCUACUUGAUUAAAAAAUAUAAAGAACUGAGUGUUUAUUUCCCUAAUUAACCAAGAACUUUUGUACACGUUUAAGCUAUUAUUAUUAAAAGUGUUUGCAAAAUGGUCAAAAUUAUAAUAUUGCUGAAUUAUAUAAAAGUCCUUUUCAUGUUGAGCUAACAUUUGACUUUAGCACAAAAAAGAGAUAUUUUAGAACACGUAAAAUAAUAUUUUUAGUUUUCUCAUUUUGUUACCAAAUUUCAAACCUUACAUGGAGGUUAUUAUAGUAUAUUUGACACCCUAUAUACCUGUGAUUAGAGAUGUGUAUAUAUAUUUGAGGGCUAGGCAUGCUGUGUGUCUGAGCUUUGUCUAAAUGUUAUGCAGAAGUUUGUAGAGUUAAAGGUACGUAGGUUUAAUUCAUGCAAGGUAAACAAUAAGUGCUCUCUUUUAUACAAUAUGCAUUGCAUCUGGACCUUAAACAUAUAAAAAUGGUCAGUGAACUUCUGUGAACAUGAAGAAAUUAUUAAAAAAGGCAUUUAAAUGAAAUUUGCUAAGUUGUGAUUUUUAUGGUUGGAACCAAAGUUAUUCAAAUAGUAAAAGGAAAAAGAAAGAAAAGGAAAUCUCCCAUAAUAUUUUUCUGCAUCUGUUUGCUUUGACUGAGUAGGCAAAGUUUUGUCAUUAUGGUGUAUAUGAGAUGUACUUGUAUCGUUCAUAAUAUAUUUUUUUUAUUAUGUGUAGAAAGAUUUUUAAAACUUAACUAACGUGCAGCAAUUUCCAGUGAACCUGUGCUUGGACAUCAGGUAGUGAGUCUUUGUGGUCACUAGCACUGUCUCCUAAACUUGUAAGAGGUCUGAAGCUAUCCUUUGAUUUUUGUCAGUGCUAUUAACUUAUGUAGACCUGUUAAAAAGCAGAGCAACAAAAUUAUAGUUUUAUCCUACUGAGCCAUGGAUUCUGAGUUUCAUUUUAAAAGUGAAAGCCAAGUUGGUAUAUGUAAAGGAUUUCCAUGUAGCUGUGGUGCUAGUUAUUACUGGCUACAUUAUAUGCUAAGUGUAUUUGUGUUCCCCAAUUGUACAAGCCUUCUAUCAAACGUAUGUUCUAUAACUCAUAUAUUCAAGGUUGUAGGGUAUGAAAAUACAAAGCUUAGGAGAGCACUUUACCAAACUGGUGUCCUCCAAACUGAAAUUGUUUGUAACGAUAGUCUUUUACAGGUUUCCAUCUUAAAACAUUUGCGUGCUUUUAAUUGACAACUAACUUCUUGCUGCUGUAUAGUAAAAUAUUAAUAUAUUUUUAUCAUUAAACUGCUGCAUGACUAUCAUCUUUGAGUGAAGAGAAAAUGUUAUAAAAAAAAGAUGCCUUAAACAGUACAUUUUGGUUUAGAAUUCUGUAGAGAGUUAUUAUUAUUUUUUUUUUCCAGGAUCUUGUCUGAGUUCUGGGGAUGGAAUUGUUAUCUUAGCAAAUCCAGCCAUAUAGAUCUAACUGCUGUAUGUAAAAGACACCACCUGUAGGAGCUGGAGGGUAUUGAUGCUUCUCACAUUGUGAAGUGUUGGCCUAGGAAGGUGAGAUAGUUGUCUUUUUGAAGGAUUUUUUUUCCUGCUGGUUCUUUGGGUUUUGAUUUGAUUUUUUUUUAAGCUCCCUGGUGAGUGUGUUGUCUUUGUUUUUGAGAUCUACUGUAUGUGUUGAAUAACAAGCUAUUUCCAUUGUACUGUGCAUUUUCCCAUUAAAUUGUUUGCUUUUAAUAUUCAUACAAUGUUAACUACGAGGUGACCGUACAAUAGAUAGGAGUUUCUUUACUUACAAAAUCACUGGAAAUUAAAUUGCUUUCCCUUUUCCCCAAGGUGCAUUUUACUUAUCUCCAUAUAGUAAAGUUGAGCUUUUACAGUGCAUAAUGUGACAUUUGGAAUGCUUAUCAACUGCAUGUAAACAUUAAUAACCUGCACUUUUUGUCUUAAGGUUUGUUGAGCUGUUUUGUUCACUGUACUUUAACUGUGAUAUGGAAAAGAUGCUUUCUCUGUGUUGUUACUAGUUAGGAAAGAGAAUUGCUUUGAUUUUGUCUCUUGUUUACUAUAGCUUCUUAAAGUUAAGCCUUGUACUACAGGUUGUUGGAGUACUCCUAGAUCAGUGUUUCAUAGUAGCCAGCAAUAAGUAGUGCAAGUCUACAAAAACACAGCAAACUUAGGCAAAGUGUCCUUUCUUUGAGAUGCGAGUUAUUUCAUGAGGUUCUCUUUAGGGUCAGACUUACCUAAAGUGAAGCCUUUCUUACCUAUAGACUUCAGAUUCUGCUUGGAAUCCUACCGGAUCAAGAAGCACAUGUAUUGUGCAAUUGUCUUUACACUAUAACAGUUAAACACAAUCUACAAAAUCUUACUAAGAUUUUGAAACCAAUGUCUGAUUUAUGGUCAGUGGGUUUUAAAAGAAAUCCACAUGCAGAUCUUUUAGUACUUAAGAGGUGAUCAUGGACAAAAGACUAAAUGACCAUAGAAAAAGACUAAGUGACUGUAAAGAUGCUCUAUUUUGCAUCUCACUUUACCUCCCAAAACACCCUCCCUAUCUUCCUUUCUCCCUUCUCCUCAUUCAUGCCCCCCCCACCCACCCCCAGGUGCUCGGUACUUUACCAAGGUUCUAUAUUUCAGUGUUUUAUGUUGGUGUUUUCUCUUUAUUUUAAUUUACUAGUUGGUAUACCCUACUUGUGCUGAAACAAAAACAAAAGGAAAUGGUAUGUUUGACCAUAUGUGUUAUUCAUAGAAGACAGUAUGAUCAAAUGUGCCAAUAACAAGCAAACAAAACUUAAUUCCUGACAAGUAUGCCUUAUUUUUAAUGAUCUACUUUGUCUUACAGUUAAGGUCCAAGAGCUUGGUUGAACUAUAUUAUUUGCCUAAGUACAAAAGAAAACUUGAAAUGCAUUGUAAUAUUGACAUUCUUUAAAAUGAGAGACACUGUCAAGUAAUUUAAUCCAGAGAUCAGCCACCAGAUUUGAAAUGCCCUUAUGUUUGUGUCUGUUUGGUGUUGUCUGCAUUUUUUGUUUUUUGUUUGUUUUUAUUUGUUUAAAUCACCAAAUCUUUUUUUUAAGCUACUUUUUUAUUUGUGCCUCCUAUUUAUCAUGCUGAUGUUAGAAGCAGCAGUCAUUCAGGCACAGAGGGAGCUAAAGUUAACUAACCAGAACUAUAGAAAUCAUUAUACAUCCCUUUGACAACAAAGGAAGUUCAUAAGAAAAGCCAUGUUGGCUUUUCCUUCACUAGAUAGAGAUUGGAGGAAGAUGAUUAUUUGCCAAAUGAGGGGGGAAAAAUAAAAGAUAAUGUGAAUCAGGAGAGACAAACUUUUCCAGCUUCUCAAAAGCCACGAAGAGUAGAAAGUAAAACCAACGGGGGGGAAAAAAAAAAACACCUUGAAAGUCUCACUUUCUUUCUGUUUUAUGCAGGAGUUGGCAUUUGACUCAAAGAAAGUAUAUCAAUGUGUCUUUAAAUGUUUUCACAUCUAGAGAUGGCCAAUUAUUGCUAUUUGAUUUUUCAGGUAAUGGAGAAAGCUGCUAGUAAUUUUAACCCAUUCAUAAAAAUGACUUUCAUUUGGGAGCAAAUACUUAUUUCCUUGAAAAAUAGCAUUGUAAUAGCCUAUGAUAAUUAGUUGUAGAAUAAUCUUUAUCCCCUUUUAAACUAUGCAAAUUACUAAAGUGUAAAUUAGGAUUCAAUUAAAGAUAGUUGAUUAUAUUGCAAUCAGAUGACAUUCACAAACUUAACUGGAGCAUAUACAAAAUCUACUAGCCUAAGAGUUUUGUAUGCUAACAAAAAUAUAGUUUAGCUACAUAUUCUGAAAAUGGUGAAUAUUAUUAAUUUGUAUAAUAGGACUGGGAAGACUGCCUCCUUUUUUGAAGAGAGAGAUUAAGGAUUUUUAUAAUUGUUUUUCAUCAAAUUUUAAUAUUUUUGUCAAAUUUUUAGGUAUUUAAUUUGUAAAAAAAAGUUUGCUUUGUACUGGCAUACAGAAAAUAGGGUAUUGAUUUUAAACUUUUUGACGCCAAGUGAUCAAGUACAUUUGUAAUAAAAUUCAAUGGAUUGAUA